CGUCAGUUAGGCUCUUAUUGGAUAGUUUUUUUAACUGCGCGUGGCGGAACCUUAGUUGCAUGGACCAUGGCGUAGUAGUUUUUUAUUCGACGACAGCAGCUGUCACUUUUGUGCCUUUUUGUGGUUUAGAUUAUUAAAUAACAGUGGUUGUGAACUACUUUACAAAAAAAUGCAAAACUUAUAUCUAUAUUGCAAAAUAUGUCCUAUAUUAUAUGAUUUAUAAUCUAAUAGUUUAAAGAGAAUAUUUUAAAUUGAGCAAUCAUCAAUAAUUUUGAGUAAAAUGUCUAAUUCGGAAUCUGGUAUAGGUUGUGUUAGCGAGGUGACACUUGCCAUUAGUAAAGCUAAAAAUUUACAAGGAGGAUCAGUUCGAGCUCCUGAUAGUCCUGAUUCUGAUUUAUCAGGACAUUCGAAUUCUUUUACAGUACAAAGCUUUAAUUAUCCCGAAGAAGCGAGUUCAAAUGGUAAUACAAAUACAUUUCAAGGGCCACUUUUAGCCGAAGAUUUAAGAAUACCCAUUGUUGGAUAUGAAGUUAUGGAAGAAAGAGCCAGAUUUACAGUUUACAAAUUAAGAGUUGAGUUAAAAAGUGGAGAUUGUUGGUUCGUUUUUCGUCGUUACACUGAUUUUGUUCGUUUGAUGACACAAUUACGUAGACAAAAAGUUCCAAUUGCUCAUUUAACAUUACCUCGUAAAAAAUGGUUGGGUGAUAAUUUUGCGCCAAGUUUUCUUGAAGAACGAAUACGUGGCCUUCAAGCAUUUGUUAAUGGAUUAUUAAGUUCUUCAGAACUUGUAUUAACAUCAUGUGUUCGAGAAUUUUUUUGCCUCGACGAGCCUCCAACGUUAUCCGAUACAGUUGAAGAAUCGAGAGCUAUUUUUGAAGCUUUAGAAGAUACAAUAUAUCAAUUGAGACAACAAUUGAGAGAAAAAGAGGCUGCCCUUGCUUUAGAAACGAAUCUCAAUAAUGAACUUCGAAAUAACUUUCAAAAAUUGUUAGAAGAAGCAAAGUUGUGUUCAAAGUGUAAUGAACCAAUAUAACAAUCACAAGACAUCAAUAAACAUUGUCUUCCUUUUCGAUUAUCGAGAAAGCGAUAAUUAAAGGUCAUUAGACAAAAUUCAACCUUGAGCAACAGAGCCUACAUGCGUGAAACAGAAUGAAUGUGAGUGUGUCUAUUUUAGUAUAAUCUAAAAAAAAAAAAUCAUUAAUAUUUUUCUUAAAAAGAAAUUAUAGAAUAUUGUAAAUAUUAUAUUUUUUACGAUAAUCAAUCAUCGUAUAAAUAAGAUUCUAAAUAAUAUUAAUUUGUAAAUAUUCUCGAAAAAUGUCGU